CUGAGUACCGCAUCUACGGUUUCGAUACAGAAGUGGUUCGCUCUUUCAAAUAAGCGUCAUGGCUGACAAACUUGAUUAACCAUGGGAAACCAUUGGCCAACGCGAAACUCGAUCUUCAUUACGGCUUUGCUCGUACUGGUUCUCCUGCUCCUGGAAGGUACCUGGGCCCUCAAAUGUCGCACCGAGGAUGGCCCGACUAGCGAUGAAAUUCGGAAGGUGAUAAGGGUUUGUAUGAAGCGGAUCACCUCCGAGGCAGAGAAUAAGAGCAGCAACGAGUACGAUAAUAACGAUUCGUCCUACUCAGACACGGACAGUGACGAGGAUCGCGAAUCGAGCACCGAAGGUAACAGCAGAAGGCAGGUCAGUGGAGCUGGAGGUAUUCAAAUACCGAAUACGAGAGGAAGGAAUGGAGAAGACAUGAACAGGGGAAGGGACUCCAGCAGGAAUGGGGACGAUCGCAGCAGAGGGGACAACAGAAAUCGUCAGGAUAAUGGAAGACGCCGGGAUCGCGAUCGGGACUACGACUACGGGCAAAUGGGACGAAGGAUGGACGAUGGACGGAAUCAGCAGGGACGGUACAAGCGACAAUACUAUAACGAUGGCUCUCAGGGUGGCUAUGGAUACAACUACCAACAGAACGAUCGCUACAACCGCGAUCGCAAUCAAUUCAUGCAUCCCAAUGGAAACUCUUCGGGCAACGGAACCAACAAUACAGAACGUGAUCGAGCUUGCAUGAUGCAGUGUUUCUUCCAGGAAAUGAAGAUGACCAACAACGAAGGCUUCCCGGACAAACACAAGGUACUGCACGUGGUCACGAAGGACUUGAGGGAUUACGAACUACGCGACUUCUACACGGACUCCAUCCAGGAAUGCUUCCACAUGAUCAGCAUGGACAACAAACUGAAGGAUAAGUGCGACUACUCGAUGAAGUUCGUCACGUGCCUGGCUGAUAGGGGGCAAGCAAACUGCAACGACUGGGAAAACGAAACAAUCAUGUUCUAGUGAUCAUCUGAGUUGAUUUCACAACGCACCUGCAUCGCAAUGUCUCUCAAGCACCCUUCACAAAAAUGUUCCAAUAAAAGCAAAGUUUC